CUUGACAAUCGCGCAGUAUUAUUAGUUUUUAAAGAAACACAAUGCAAAAACUACUUAUCUUUACUUCUCGAGCAACUCGCCAAAAACAACAUUGUCAACAAGACUCUGCUGCUCUUUGACCGGGUUGUUGAUUGACAAGCUCUUGGGCGGCGAAUCAACCUGCACACCAAGGAACACAAACACACUUGUGAAACAAGUAGAAGAACAUGGAGGCAGUGAAGAGGUGGAGGUCAGACUGGAGAUAUCCAACCACUCUGCUGUGCAUCUAUGGAUUCUUCAGCACAGUUAAGCCGCUGGAGCCUUUCCUCUUCCCGUACCUGACAGGGCCGGACAAGAAUCUGACAACUGAACAGGUUAACAAUCAAAUCUUCCCUGUGUGGACAUACUCCUACCUGUCCGUGCUGGUGCCUGUGUUCCUGAUGACCGACUGGCUGCGCUACAAGCCUGUAGUGGUGUUCCAGUGUGUUGCCCUCUUCAUCACCACAGCCCUGCUGCUGUGGACUCAGAGCGUGCCAGCUAUGCAGGCCACGCAAUUCUUCUAUGGGGUGGUGACGGCCAGCGAUGUGGCCUAUUUCUCCUACAUCUACAGUGUUGUGGAUCUGAAGCGAUACCGGAAGGUCACCUCCUACUGCCGCAGCAUCCAGCUCCUUGGAUACACAACGGGCUCUGUGCUGGGUCAGCUGCUCAUCAGCUUCAACCUCAUGUCCUACAACAACAUCAUAGUUUUCACUCUGGUUCUCACUGCCAUCGCCCUCCUCACCUCCUGCUUCCUGCCAAUGCCGCAGCAGAGUAUCUUCUUUCACAAAAGACACCGUGGAAUGAAAGAAGGAAUGGAAGGUACGAAGGGGCUCGAAGAUGAGGCCGUGGAUGCCACCAGACAAUCAAGAUCAAACAUCUCCCUGGAAGAAGUAAGAGAUGAAAGGGAGGAGAAAGGAGAAACUGAGAUCGCAGCAGAGAAAGACUUGGAUGAAAGAGAGUCUGUGGCUGUGGAUGAGGAGUCUGUAGAGUCAGAGAAGUGCAGUCAGGUCCUCCUGCAGCUUUGGAAGGACUUCCGCCAUUGCUACUCCUCCAGACAGUUGCUAUACUGGUCAUUGUGGUGGGCGAUGGCCACGUGUGGCUACAACCAGACUGUAAACUACGUGCAGGUGCUGUGGGAGCAUGUGCAACCAUCUCAGAACUUCAGCGUUUACAACGGAGGUGUGGAGGCAGCAUCCAACCUCUUGAGUGCUGCCACAUCCUACGGUAUAGGCUUCACCGAGGUGAGAUGGGAGCAGUGGGGAGAGCUGGCCCUGGGUGCUUUCUCUGGACUCGGGGCAGCUGCACUGUUCAUCAUGACCUUCACUGGCAGCAUCUGGGUCUGCUACAGUGGCUAUAUCAUUUUUAAAUGUCUGUACAUGUUGCUGAUAACAAUAGCCAUGUACCAGAUUGCAGCCGACUUGUCAAUGGAAAGAUACGCACUUGUCUUUGGUGCAAACAACUUUGGAGCACUGGCUCUGCAGACAAUUAUUACUUCUGUAGUGGUUGACAGUGCAGGGCUGGGUUUGGCCAUCAUUCCUCAGUUCACCAUAUAUGCCAGCUACUUCUCAACCAUUGCUGUUGUUUUUUCUCUGCGGGGACUAUUUAGUGUUUGGAGAGCAAAGAGAAAUGACAAAGAGGUCACCCAUCCACACAAAGAUGACCCCCCAGGCUGUGAAGAGCAUAGAUUCUGAAUAAACAAUGAAAAGCGUUUUUUGACACCACUGCAGCAAAGACUUUCAUAUUACUUUUCAUCCAUCCAUCCAUCCAUACAAAUGAGUGCUCAGUUCUUCUUACUUAAAAUUCAUUUUAAUAUAUAUACUGUAUAUAUUUACACAUUAACUUAAAAUUCUCUAAUACCCAAUGUAAGUGGUUUUCAGUUCAUCGUCUUCCUGAUAACCACUCGGAUGUGGUCGACUGUCCGAAGGUGUUUUUACCUCUGUACGCAGGACAAGGGAUGGCAGAGCAAUCAAUCCCCAGCCCCGUCCCUGAUGCAGCAUUCACUCUUUCUUUUCAUGUCUUGACAACAGAAUAUGCGUUUUUCUCUUAAGUGGGAACAUUUUGCCUAAAAGGAUCUUGCACAAAUAAACAGUUUGGUUUUUUACAAAUACA